GCGCGUAUCGCUAUAAAUACUCGAAUGCAGGCCCCCCCAAAAACGAGAGCGUUUAUUUUUCUGGUUGCAAAGAUAAAUAAUCAGAUGCAAUCCAACAUUUCCUGCUUUCAGCUUCGAGAAGCAUCCGAUAUCUCUUCCUCCUCACAAAGAACCGAAAUGGUGGCGGGAUCGAAUUUCGUUAAGAGCAAUUCCACAGGGCAUGAAAGCAAGCUGAAAGGAUGGAUUUCGAAGCGUGGUAGCUACGGCUCGAUGACAGAUCCUUGCGUGUCUUGUACCACAUUCAAUAUUCUCGCUCCGAUCUAUAAAAGGCUCGAUACGGAGAAUCAGAGCUGUAGAGAGAGCGAGUACAGGGCGUAUUGGCUAAUCCGGAAUCAGAACAUUCUGGAUCGGUUGUUGUGUGAUAGAUCGUCGAUUAUUUGUCUUCAGGAAUUUUGGGUUGGGAAUGAAGAACUUGUUGAUAUGUAUGAGAAGAGAUUAGGUGAUGCUGGUUAUACCAAUUUCAAGCUUGCACGGACAAACAAUCGCGGGGACGGUCUAUUGACUGCUGUCCACAAGGACUAUUUUAGGGUCCUAAACUACAGAGAGUUGCUCUUUAAUGAUUCUGGAGACCGUGUUGCUCAACUGUUACAUGUUGAAUCUGUUGUUCCUUUCUGGCAAAACCGUAACAGCAACAUUCAGCAUCAAAUGCUCAUUGUGAAUACCCAUUUAUUAUUCCCUCACAAUUCCAGUCUGUCCAUUGUUCGAUUACAUCAGGUAUACAAGAUCCUGCAGUAUGUAGAGUCAUAUCAGAAAGAACAUAAGCUUAAUCCCAUGCCCAUCAUACUUUGUGGUGACUGGAAUGGGAGCAAGCGUGGGCAUGUUUAUAAGUUCCUUAGGUCUCAGGGAUUUGUGUCAUCAUACGAUACUGCCCAUCAGUAUACAGACAGUGAUGCAGAUGCACACAAGUGGGUUAGCCACCGGAAUCAUCGUGGAAAUAUAUGUGGCGUAGAUUUCAUAUGGCUUCUUAAUCCCAAUAAGAAUCGGAAACUGCUGAAGACAAGCUGGAAUGAAGCUGUGUUUGGAAUCGUCAAGUAUCAGCUCCGUCAAGCUUCUCUGGCAGAAAAAGAUGCGUUUGCCUUUCUCAAAGCUGAUAGCCCUGGUGAUUACAUAACUUACUCGGGUUUUUGUCAAGCACUCCAUCAGUUGGAAUUAACUACCGAUCCUGAUGGACUAAGUGACCAAGACACGGAUCACUUGUGGGCCGAAGCAGACAGAGAUGGAAAUGGUGUUGUUGAUUAUGAAGAAUUUCAGCAAAGAAUUUGGAAUCCUGCACAGUCGAAGCAGCUAGAGGAAAAUUCCGAACAGGAAAAAGCUGAUGUUAGGAAGGGUCCUGAGAGGCUAGCCAUUGGCUUUGACGUGAAGAAUGCAGUUCUCUUCCCUCCUGAAGUGGAGCAAGGAAUGUGGCCUGAAAACUACUCUCUUUCCGAUCACGCACGACUGACAGUUGUCUUUUCUCCAAGAAAGAUGCCUUCUUCCCAGCCAAUCUGCUGAUAUGAUCACCAGCUCCAUGCCCUUGAUAUUUUUGUAAAGUGGCAGCAAUGAAGAGCUGGAAAAGGAAAAAAAGAAAAAAGAAAAAAAAGAAAGAAAGAAAAUGGUGAAUAGGAAAGGUUUCGAGCAUUUUGUAUAGUUAGCCAAAUGAGAUCUGAAAUUGUAGAAAGUACUCGUGAAUCAUAAAUGUAUAUUCUUCAUUUGGGCUUUUGCUGACAACACUUUAAUGAUGAUGAUUCUUUUGGGCUUGGUAUCUUAC